GUCAAUUUCAUAAACACAUUUUUUGUCGAUUCACUAUUCAUGUACAGUGAUUAUUAGAGAGUUCCGAAUGAAAACGACGCCAAUAACUUGACAAAAUCUGUGUUGAAUUUUUUGUGGAAAUACUUCUAAUUUGGUGAGUUUUUUGUAUUGAUAUUAUUGUAUAAACCUUCCGUAACUUGUCUGAGUUGUAUUGCAUAAUUUAAGAACUUUUUUCAGUGAAUAUAGUUGUCAAAGUCCUCUCAGACGCAGGUUAUAUUUCUAUAAAUAGAUAUUACACAGGUUGUAAAGUGCGAAUCGAUAAUUACAUUUUUGUGUCAAUGAUGUUUUAUUGAUUUGUGGUUAAUAUUGUUUUUAUGUAUGUUCACUGGGUAAAACAAGAUGUUUACAAUUUUAGUAUAGAUAAUUUGUUUAUUGUUCUCUGGAUAACAUGUAUUUUUGCAAUGUUUUGAACUUUUAUUAUUCAAGUGAAUGACAGUAUUUUUCUGUUUUCCUUUCAGUAAAUCGUAUUCAACCUAUCGUAUUUGUAUUAGAGAAAACUAUUCGUAUUGAGGAACGUAAUAUGGAACGAUUAUGAUGUAUUGAACUUUAUUAGAUUAUAUUUCGAUGAUUCACUGUGCUCACUGGAUUUAAUAAAGAUUAAUAAACUUUCUAUGGAAUACGCAUUUGCAUUUAUUUCCACAACCUAGGAUUCUAGCCAACACAUUAUUUACAAAAUUAGAAUUCUUUAUAGUCUAAGAUGGAUGACAAACAAGAUAUUGUGGAUGAAAAACGUGAGAGAACACUUACUGAAAAGGGACUAGAGUAUACAUUGACUUUGAAACAAACUGAACGAUCAAGAUUGAUUAAGGUUUUAACUGUUACAAGUAAUGAUUUACAAACUUUGAUGCAACGUUCAACAGACCCAAAUGAAGUUAAACCUACAUAUUCUAAGUGGUUGUCUGAAUAUGAGGAACUAUUAGAUAUUCAUGAUCAGUAUCAAAAGCUUACUGAAAAUCCUAGUGAAAAACAACUUGACGAUGCAUGGUUUCAAGAAAGACAUGAUAAAUUUAUCUCUUCAAAACAAUCUGCACAGCAGUGGUUUUCUGUUAACAGUCAGAAGCCAGCUCGAUCCGUAAAAUCUCAUAGAAGUUCUAGAUCCGGGAGUUCAAGAAGCAGUUCCGUUUCAAGUCAAAUAUCCAUGGCAAAACUUAAAGAAGAGCAGCGGAAGGCUGAACUUUUAGCACGUGAAAAGUCUCUUGAAGAAAAGAAAUUUAUCGAAGAAGAAAAAUUAAAGUUAAGAUUUAAAGAAGAGGCACUUGAAAUUAAAACGGAGUUACAAGUAACUGAUGCAAAAACACGAGUGAUAAAAGAAUUAGAAAGAAGCAUGUUAGAGGACCAGCAACUUGAGCAAAUUAUGGUCAAAGUUAAACAGAGCGAUAAAGUUGACUUUCUUAAUUCACAAAAAGAUACUGAAAAUUCGCUAUUGAACCCUACCGUUCCGGCAUUCAUUCCGGAAGUAAAAAAGGAACGGUUAGCGUUUGAAACUAAAAGAACACUCAAAACAUUUCAAAGUGAACAAGAUGAUGAUAAACCGCCUCCUGUUGAAGCAAAAAACAAUAUUAUUGAUUAUAAUGCGCAAUAUUCAAUUGCUCGUGAGCUUAAUAAGCCCAAGGCUGAUAUACAGAAAUUUGAUGGCAGCCCUAUGAACUAUAAGGGAUUUAUGAGACAGUUUAAUGCACGUGUUGAAACAAAUACCGAUUCUUUUGAAGAACGAAUUAACUUCUUGUUACAAUUUACAAUUGGUGAACCGCAUAGAAUAGUUCUUGGUUUCUCACACUUGGAUGCUAAAAUAGGGUAUACAGCUGCUUUGAACGAGUUUAAAGACAGGUACGGUGACCCUGACAUAAUAGCACAUUCAUACGUACAGCGUGCAAUGAACUGGCCUUUUAUAAAGGCAGAUCACCCAAAAGCCCUAGAUGACUUUGCAAUAUUCUUGCAAGAGUGCAUGUACGCCGUAAAUUAUGUAGAUGCGGCAAAAGUGUUAGAGUAUUCAGAAAAUUUAAAACUCUUGAUACAGAAACUUCCAUUUUAUAUGCAGGAAAAGUGGAGGAAUGUAGUAUACGAGACAAAAAGUCGCAAAAAUAUCGUUACAUUCAGUCAUUUAGUAGAAUUUGUGAAAAAGGAAGCUAAGAAGGCAAACGAUCCUGUUUACGGCAAAGACGUUUUAAACACACAAGUAGGAAAAAAUGUGAAAAGAUUACAAGACAAUAACAUGAAAUAUAGAUCUCCAGGAUCUAAAACGGCUGUUACUGUAACUUCUGAACCCAAGGCAAGUACAUCUAGUGUAGGUCAGCAAAAUGAAACAUCGUCGGCUCGAUACAGAAAUGCAUUUUCUAAGCCGUGUAUCUAUUGUGAAAACGCAACUCAUUCUCUGGACAAGUGCGACAAAGUCAUAAAACAAUCACUGAAAGAUAGAUAUUCAUUUCUUAAAUCAAAGGGUCUUUGUUUCUCAUGUUUGAAGUACGGACACCAGAAGAUGUCAUGUCGUCAGAAAUCGUCAUGUACAGUAUGUCGAAAGGAACAUCUGUCUAUAUUGCAUGUUGAACCUCGAGAUCAGAAUCAAACUAGUCAGCAGUCAGAAAGCGAUCAGUGUCCGGAAGUUAAGAACUCUACUACGUUUAUGGGAGCUGGAAAUAGCCUUCGCCAGGCGCUGCCGAUAUUGCCAGUCAGGGUAAAAUCAAUUAACAGUGACAACUACAUUGAAACUUAUGCUUUUCUUGAUACAGGCAGUACUGCAACGUUCUGUACAGAAAAUAUUAUUCGUAGCCUUAAUAUAGAAGGUAAGAAAACGAAACUCAGUUUAGUUACUAUGGGACAAAGUGCCGUCCACGAUUGCUAUGUGGUGACAGGUUUGGAAAUUAGCAACUUGUGUGGUAAUGAUGUAAUUAGUCUACCACCAGUAUUUUCGCAGGAAACUCUACCAGUUACUAGUAAUGACAUAGCUUUUAUUGAGGAUAUUCAAAAGUGGUCACACUUACGAGAUAUACCAUUACAAAGGAUCGAGAGUGAACACAUUGGUUUGUUAAUCGGAAUCAAUGUACCAAAAGCUAUGGAACCGUGGAAUGUUGUUCCAAGUAUAGAAAACGGCCCAUUUGCUGUAGAAACUUUGCUAGGUUGGGUAAUCAAUGGCCCUUUAAAUGUAUCUACUGAUGAUAAACCAUGCAAGGUCGCUUCUUGUAACCGUAUCGACGCUACAAGUGUUUCGCUGGAAGAUCAAAUUAGGAAUCAGUUCAACUAUGAUUUCAGUGAGAAAACAAUCGACGAUGUUGUUGCUCCUUCAAGGGAGGACCGUAGAUUUCUAGAACUUGUUUCGGAGUCAAUUAUGUUAAAAGACGGACAUUACGUUGUGAAUUUACCUUUUAAGUCAAAGGAUAACAAAAUGCCGAAUAACAGGCGACAAGUAGAACAGAGAUUAAUGCUACUUGCUAGACGUUUUGAAAGAGACGAAACAUUCCGUGAUGAGUAUGUUACCUUUAUGAACAAGGUUAUCGGCGAUGGAUUCGCUACGGAGGUUUCCAUUGACGACUUAGCGAAGAAAGACAACGACGUGUGGUUUUUGCCUCAUCAUGGAGUUUUCCACCCUAGAAAGAAGAAAAUAAGAGUCGUGUUUGAUUGUGCGGCUAAAUUUCAAGGUACAUCCCUGAACGAGCGAUUACUUCAGGGUCCUAAUCUGACAAAUACUUUAAUUGGAACUUUGAUAAGGUUUAGACAAGAUGAAAUCGCAAUAAUGGGCGAUAUAGACAGCAUGUUUCACCAGGUGCGCGUACCGUCUGAAGAUGCGAAUUAUCUUCGAUUUUUGUGGUGGCAAGGUGGAGACUCUCGAAAGAAACCAACAGAAUAUCAAAUGAAUGUUCAUCUAUUUGGCGCGACAUCUUCGCCUAGCUGCGUGAACUUUGCACUUAGAAAAACUACCGAAGAUUGUAACGGACAGUUUAAUGAAGAAGUAAUAAACACUGUGCUACGUAAUUUCUACGUCGAUGAUUGUCUCAAGUCUACAAAAAACGUUAGUGAAGCGGUGUGCUUAGUUCAAGAUUUACAGUCUCUUUUGAGUCUUGGUGGAUUUAGGAUCGCGAAAUGGAUCAGUAAUAACAGAGAAGUAAUGCGAUCAAUACCAAUUUCGGAUAUGGCGGUUGGUAUCAAGGACUUAGACUUGGAUCAAGAUACACUUCCUAUCGAUAGGGCAUUGGGCAUUCAAUGGUGCGCUGAAACAGAUACUUUUCGUUUCAAAAUUUCAGUAAAGGAACAACCUAAAACUAGAAGAGGUAUUUUGUCGAUGGUUAGUAGCGUUUACGACCCCUUAGGAUUUCUUGCACCAUUUGUUCUUCGUGCUAAGAUGAUACUUCAAGAAUUGUGUAGGCUUCGCCUGGAUUGGGAUGACCCAAUUCCACCGAAAUUAGAAUCUUUGUUUUCGUUAUGGUUCCAAGAUUUACAUGAACUUUCAGAUUUCAAAGUAGAUAGGUGCUUAAGACCAGAGAAAUAUGGAGAAAUAAAGAAUGCUCAGUUACAUCAUUUCUCAGACGCAAGCGAAAGCGGAUACGGUACUGUUACAUAUCUUCGUUUAGAAAAUACUUUCGGUGAAAUUCAUUGUUCAUUUGUAAUGGGAAAAGCACGCGUAACACCACUGAAGACGAUAACAGUCCCACGACUUGAGCUAACUGCUGCUACUGUGGCCGUCCGUACGAACAAAAUGCUGUUAAAUGAGUUAGAAAUACCAAUUGAUCGGUCUAUAUUUUGGACGGACAGUAUGUCAGUUCUACGAUACAUCUUGAAUGAAGAUGCUAGAUUUCAGACUUUUGUAGCAAAUAGACUCGCUGUAAUUCAUGAAGGUUCUUUUACCGAUAAUUGGCGUUAUGUGAACACCAAGCUUAAUCCAGCAGACCAUGCUUCAAGGGGUCUUACUUCUUCUGAAAUGAAAAAAAGUAAUUGGAUCGUUGCACCUGACUUUUUAUGGAAAGAUGAGGACUUUUGGCCGAAGCCAUCGUCAGAAAAUCACGAGACAAUAUGUGCAAACGACCCUGAAGUUAAACAAGCAACUGUGCGAACAAUCAUUAAAACCGAAAUUCCAGAUGACAAUUCUUUGGGAGUCGAGAAACUUAUCGCGUAUUACUCAUCUUGGAUGUCGUUAAAGCGAAGUGUAGCAUGGAUACUUAAAGUUCGUAAGGAGUUACUUAGACGUGUCAGUAAUAAGAAACAAGAUAACAAAAUGACACUCGUUAAAGAAUCGGAUUCGAAAGAUUGUACUGAACGAAUAUCAUUUCAGGAUUUAAAAGACGCCGAACUUUCAAUUCUAGUUUAUGUGCAGAGACACGAAUUCACUGAUGAGAUUAACACUCUUUCCAAUAACCGAACAAUCAAGGCUACAAGUAAUAUCCGGAAACUCGACCCAGUUUAAGAUGGCGAUCUUUUACGUGUAGGAGGACGUUUAAUAGAGUCAAAAAUGCCGGAAAACUGUAAACAUCCGAUUAUAUUACCAAAGGGUCACCACAUCUCUGAAUUGAUUCUUAGACAAAUACACAUUGAUUUACAACACAGUGGGAGAAAUCAUUUGCUAGCUCACCUUCGUGAAACUUAUUGGUUGAUAAAUGCACCCUCAGCUGUGAGAAAAUUGAUAUCAAAAUGUGUUGUGUGUCGUCGCUUAAGUGCGCCCGUAGGUGAACAAAAGAUGGCUAAUUUGCCAUCAGAUCGUAUUACGCCGGAUGAACCACCUUUCUCAAGAGUAGGAGUAGAUUAUUUUGGUCCUUUUGAAGUGAAACAACGUAGAUGUCGUAUCAAACGCUAUGGUGCGAUUUUUACUUGCCUGUCUAGUAGAGCUAUUCAUUUGGAGGAAGCCGCAUCCUUAGAUACUAGUUCAUAUAUCAACGUUUUACGACGAUUCAUUGCUCGUCGUGGUCAAGUAGAAAAGAUCAGAUCUGACAACGGCACGAAUUUCGUUGGCGCAGAGCGCGAACUUAAGAGCGCAUUAAGUGAAUGGAAUUUGAAUCAGAUAGAGAAUGCGAUGCUACAAAAGAACAUAGAUUGGCAGUUCAAUCCUCCGGCAGGUUCGCAUUUCGGAGGUGUAUGGGAGAGGUUGAUCAGAAGUGUACGCAAGACAAUGAACAGUGUUAUUCGAGAACAAGUUUUAGACGAUGACGGUCUGAAUACUGUUUUUUGUGAGAUAGAAUCGACUCUCAAUAGUAGACCGAUUACGAUGAAUUCAGAUGACCCAAGUGAUUUAGAAGCGCUUACUCCAAAUCAUCUGUUGCUUAUGAAACGCAAAGCAUACUUACCUCCUGGACUAUUCAGUAAAACGGACAAUUAUUGCCGUCGAAAAUGGAGACAAAUUCAAUAUAUUGCAAAUCUAUUUUGGAGUCGUUGGGUGCGAGAGUACCUUCCUAUGUUACAAGAACGUCAGAAAUGGCAUAAACAGAGGAGAAAUUUAAUGGUUGGGGACAUUGUGAUUGUGGUUGACUCAAAUGCUCCGAGAAAUUCAUGGCCCAUGGGGCGGAUUAAUGAAAUAAUUCCAGACCGCAACGGACUCGUGCGUCAAGUGAAAGUAAAGAUCGGAAACAAUGUACUUACUCGUCCGGUAGAUAAAUUGUGUACUCUUUUAGAACUUGAUUAACAUUUAUCUUGUCAAUCUAAUAUUAGUCCAAGAACUUUAGUUAGUUGUAGAAAGUGAACUCAAACGUUAUGAACACUUUUGUUACAUAAUUUUGCUUAUUUUGUUGAGAUGCAUAUUUUUUUAUUGCUGAUUUAGGUGUAAUUGUUCCGCACUGGCUAUACAAUUAGGGAGCUGGUAUGUAAUGUCAAUUUCAUAAACAUAUUUUUUGUCGAUUCACUAUUCAUGUACAGUGAUUAUUAGAGAGUUCCGAAUGAAAACGACGCCAAUAACUUGACAAAAUCUGUGUUGAAUUUUUUGUGGAAAUACUUCUAAUUUGUAAAUCGUAUUCAACCUAUCGUAUUUGUAUUAGAGAAAACUAUUCGUAUUGAGGAACGUAAUAUGGAACGAUUAUGAUGUAUUGAACUUUAUUAGAUUAUAUUUCGAUGAUUCACUGUGCUCACUGGAUUUAAUAAAGAUUAAUAAACUUUCUAUGGAAUACGCAUUUGCAUUUAUUUCCACAACCUAGGAUUCUAGCCAACACACUA